AGCAAACACUAUGCCUGUGAAACGUCUAACUAUCACCUACAUACUGCAGUAACAUAGUAAUAUCCAUACAUACAUGUAUGUAUCCAUACAUACAAUGGCGUACAUAAUACAUAUAAUACAUAAAACAAACAUUGAACUGUAUUAGCUACAUAGUAGUAUUAGCACCUACAUACCCUAGGUAUUCAGUAUCUACCCAUUAAAUACAGGGCUGUCCUUGGCCACUUGGCAUCGCCCCCCCUUCCCACCCCCACUCCUUUGAAUAUGAAUAGUGUCUCAUUCGUCAACUAUAUUUGGCCACAUCCCGUUUUCGAUGGCUUCCUUUAUAUGUCCAUAUAGGAGUUAUAAUAGGAAUAUUAGCUCUAACCAGCGAUUAUGAAAUUGCGUGCCUAGGUAUCUAGGUAAAAUUAUUACGAUGCCUCCACGAAGAUCUCACAAGAAGUCUCGUGCUGGUUGCCGAAGAUGUAAAGUGAGAAAGAUCAAGUGCGAUGAAGUUCACCCUCGAUGUGGUAACUGCACCAAACAUGGCGUUCCGUGCGACUUUGAGCAUCCUACUUCUACUUUCGCCAGUUCACUCAGCCCAAUCGAGUCUCCUCGUCCCAUGACAUCUUCUACCAGCAACUGCGAUAGUCCAUCGACGAUUACACUCCCACCUACGCCUUCAGCAGAGUCUAGCACUCCUCUUCCUUUUUACCGAAAUCCGGAACCACUUCCCUUACCGAAUACUGUUGCCAAAUCUAGUCGCAUGAUGGAGUUAAGGUUGCUUCAUCACUAUACCACCAUUACUUGCGAAACUCUUGCCAUUUCCUCUCCAGUAAGCGAACGGAUAUGGCGAGAUACCGUGCCAAACCUCGCCUUUAACAAUUCCGGCUUCUUGGCUGAUGCUCUGCUUGCCGUCUCUGCCCUUCAUUUACGGUCACAUACUCCGUCAGACCAGGAACUUGUACGCGCCAGCCACGCGUACAUGGCAUCUACCUUAUCAGAAUACAGCGCCAGUUUAAGCAAGGGUAUUACUGAAUCGAAUGCCGAAACACUGUUUCUCACCGCCGCCCUUAUUGCUUUUCAGUCUACCGCGUCUCGUAUUUUCACCCGAAACGACGGCAACGACUCUAAGGAUCAAAUUGAUUCUUAUAACCUUCCGCUAUCAUUAUUCCACUCUUUUCAAGGAGUCAAAGCUGUGGUGGCCUCUAGCUGGCAAUGGUUGCGGAAUAGUGGGAUUGUGAUCCCGAUAAUCGAGUCUCAACCUGCCUUAAACCUUGAUCUUUCGGGGCAGAACGCGACUUUUUUCGGCCAUUUGCUAGCAGGCGUAGAAGAGGAGAUCGCUAGUUCUAAUGAAGAUCCACCAACGCAGAUUCUUACGCGCCAGGCAUACCAGCACGCCGUUGCUGUUUUAGAUUGGGCACACAAAAUACCUGAUACGGGCGCCCCACUAGUAUUUCUCGCAACCGUCUCGCGCCGCUUUGUAGAGUUGCUCGAGGCCCGUCGCCCACGCGCUCUUGCUAUACUUGCCAGCUAUUUCGCCCUACUCAAGUUUCUUGACGGUGUUUGGUGGUUAAAGGGCGUGUCGCGUCGCGAGGUGAUGGGUCUCGUGUCUCUAUUCAGCCCAAACGACGAGGAAUGGUGGCCACGCUUACAAUGGCCUAUACGAAUCGCGCUAUUCGAGGGCACCAGCAUACCGCCAGAGGUCUGGGGCGCGAGCUGGGGUACUGAGGACACUUAUUCGGAACAGAGCAGCGACACUAGUGGCUUCGUCAGCCACAUCGAAUUAUUAAGCCAGAUGUUCACCGCUGUGCAGAACGGGCCAGCACCUAUGUCUAACCCUACCGAUGCCUUGGAUCGGCUUUCUCAUCACCAAUAUACAGGGAGAUUAAAAGGAUUUGGGUCACCGAUGCUACUCCAAAGUAGCUUGCAUUCUCCUCACUGAGAGAACCCCGAGAGUUCCGGGCUCACAGUUAUUACGUACAUAAAGACCAUCCUGAUGCUGGUCCCUAUCCUGUUGGACAUGAUCGGCGUUACCAACGCGUCUUCUUUCCACCUCCUCCCUCCCUUUUCCUUCCUCUUUGGAAAACGGUUGAGCCGAGUCGAAAACAUUUCGAAUCUUUUUUUUCCAACCCUCAGGGCCUGCUUCACCAGCCAUGAGAUUAACUGCGAUUUUUUCUUCCAGUAACGGCAAAUUAUACCCAUAUCGAGAGUUCAGCGCGUGAGAAUUUAGAAAAAUCAUAUAUCCAGCAUAUACGCCAAUGUAUUAAGUGUACAACUAAUCUCUUCCCUAUUGUAUCUACACACAUUACCGAAUCUACGAGCGGGAGUAAAGAGAGAGGGGGGGGUAUAAGCAAAGGCAAUUUGGAGAAAAAGUCGAACGGUUACGAACAUACGAAUGCAGAGCGGCCUUGGGGUUAGGGGGUAUAUAUGAGACAUGUAGAACUCGGCGUAUAUGUAUACAUUAUUAGAUAGUGCUUGGCUGACCCCUAGGACUACAACAUCAAGAACCACAACAUAACAUAACAUAACAUGAAUGAGAAUAAACAUACCUAACCUUUCAAGCA